UCUCAAGUGGUAAAAAACAAGUAAAUAAUCCGAAACAAUACUUUUAACCCAUAAUCAAGGUAAAAAUACAACUGUCUAAAAAGAUUUUUUUUUACACCAUUCCUAACUUGAGCAUGCACUUAGCAUGCCGCGUCCAAAGAGCGAUCUAUGGCAAUAUUUUAUCAGGAGUACCAAUAGAGGAGACAGAAGAUCACGAUGCAGGUUCUGCGGCCUGACGAUGGCCGCAGGCAUCACUCGCUUGCAAAAGCAUCUGCUGACCAAAUGUUCUGACAUUCCAGCAGCCUUGGUGGAAGAAAUACGUCGAAAGCAAGCCAGACUUAGAAGGCCACCACCACCACCGCUACAAAGCUCAAGUUCUUCGACAACUCGACCUUCGCCCAGACCCAACUCUAACGUGUCCACUCACCGUGGCCGUGACGUUUUACCAGCCGUGGCCUCAUCGUCGUCAGCACCCAUGCGCAUUCAGCCGACAGUGUCAGCACAUCCCCCGCUUAACACGCAAUCUUCUCCAGUCACCAGUAACUCAACACUCGAUGAACGUCUGGCGCGGGCAUUAUUCGCCGCCGACAUACCCUUUAAAGCCAUGGAGCAUCCUCUUAUGGUCGAUUUCCUCAAAAGCUUACGACCCGACUAUCAAGUCCCCUCGCGUCGCCAGUUACAGCAAUACCUACUGAAAGAAAACCAUUGGGAUCUCAUUGAUAUGACUGAAGAAUCCCCAUAGUCAGUUACAAAUUAACAACAGUUCCUCAUCAAAUAUAUAAAUAAAAAUCGACCAUGC